AGCCAAAAUGAAGGGCAUAGUCUCGGUCUGCUGCUUUGUCUCUCUGCUGGUCCUGGCCGCCGCAGAGGAAGAGGAGGAAGUGCUGACCUCCAUCCUGCGAGACAGAUCUCACAUCGAGGAGACGCUGAGGCUCGACUCGGAGGAGCCCGCUGGUGACUAUGCAGCGGCCCUGCAGAGAUUGCGUAAGAUCUACCACUCCUCCAUCAAACCGAUGGAACAGGCCUACAAGUAUAACGAGCUGAGGCAGCACGAGAUCUCAGCCUACCCUGGACGAACCCUGGGGGCAUCAGCGACAGAUGGAGAGAUCACCUCCAAGCCCAUGGUGCUGUUCCUGGGACCCUGGAGUGUCGGAAAGUCCUCCAUGAUCAACUACCUACUGGGCCUACAGGACACCCCCUACCAGCUGUACACAGGUGCGGAGCCCACCACCUCCGAGUUCACCGUGAUCAUGCACGGCGAGAAGGUGCGCUCCAUCGAGGGCAUCGUCAUGGCGGCGGACAGCUCCCGCUCCUUCUCGCCCCUGGAGAAGUUCGGCCAGAACUUCCUGGAGAAGCUGGUGGGCAUCGAGAUGCCCCACAAGCUGCUGGAGAGGGUCACCUUCGUGGACACACCCGGCAUCAUCGAGAACCGAAAGCAGCAGGAGAGAGGCUACCCCUUCAACGAUGUGUGUCAGUGGUUCAUUGACCGGGCGGACCUGAUCUUCGUGGUGUUCGACCCCACCAAGCUGGACGUGGGCCUGGAGCUGGAGAUGCUCUUCAGACAACUGAAGGGUCGGGAGUCCCAGAUCCGCAUCAUCCUGAACAAGGCCGACAACCUGGCCACGCAGGACCUGAUGCGCGUCUACGGCGCCCUCUUCUGGAGCCUGGCGCCGCUCAUCAACGUGACGGAGCCGCCCCGCGUCUACGUCAGCUCCUUCUGGCCCUACGAGUACGCCCCGGACACCAGCCGCGACCUCUUCAAGCGGGAGGAGAUCUCCCUGCUGGAGGACCUCAACCAGGUGAUCGAGAACCGCCUGGAGAACAAGAUCGCCUUCAUCCGCCAACACGGCAUCCGCGUUCGCAUCCACGGGCUGCUGGUGGACCGCUACGUGCAGACCUUCAAGGACAAGAUGAGCUUCUUCAGCGACCCCGAGCUGGUGUUCAAGGAGAUCGUGGACGACCCGGACAAGUUCUACAUCUUCAAGUCCAUCCUGGCCAAGACCAACGUCAGCAAGUUCGACCUGCCCAACCGCGACGCCUACCGCGACUUCUUCGGCAUCAACCCCGUCGGCGGCUUCAAGCAGCUCUCCGCCCAGUGCUCCUACAUGGGCGGCUGCCUCCUGGACAAGAUCGAGAAGGCCAUCACCCACGAGCUCCCCACCCUGCUCAGCAGCAUCUCCUCCGGCAAGAAUCCCACCCUCUCCUCCUGCGAGGCCACGGGCUGCGGGGAGAAGCCCAAGAACCGCUACCGAAGGCACUGAGGGAAGAGAGAGAGAAGGAGAGAAGGAACGAAGGAGAAAGAGGAGGAGGAGGAGGAGGAGGA